AUGUCCUACGGAUAUAGAUACGGCUCGAUAGACACCACCACCGCCAUCAACAUCAGAAGCAGCACGCCCUGCAUUCUGUUCCUGACAAACAGCGAGCGCGAGCAUUCAAGCGUCAUCCUCGCCGUAGCUCACGAAUUUCUCAUUGGCAAUACGCCUUACAAGAUCCAUAUUGGAUCAUUUGGACCGCUUAAGAGACAUGUUUCAGAGUUGAAUUACUAUGCUGCGGCCUCGGAGUCUCCCUUUGCUACUGAGGCAGCUUUCGAGGAGAUCCCUGGAAUGUCUAUGAAACAUGUUCGCAUGAGAGAUGGACAGUUUGACGACAUCCCGCAGAUUGGUUUCUUUGCUGCGUUGAGAAACUAUCGCUCGGAUUUGGCUCUGGGUUUGAUGCCUUGGACCGGUAGGGAUUAUAUUGAGAUCUUCAAUGGCGUUGUGGAUCUCGUGAAAUCUCUUGGCCCUGUUUUGAUCGUCGUCGAUCCGCUUUUUGCUCCCGCUGUCGACGUCUGUCGGUACUUGCGUUGGAGACAUGUUCUGUUGGGAAAGGGCGGAGUCAAGGAUUAUGUGGUGAAGUGGAAGUUGAGUGAUUUGAUGAAGUAUCCCAUGAUUUGUUCUGGGUUCAAGAUGCCAAUGUCGAUCUGGGACAAGCUUCGCAACCUCUUCCUGGGUUUCCGGUUCAAGCGCGAACUUGACAAAUGCGAAAGUCUCAAGGAACUCAAUGAGGCCCGUGAGGCUCGCGGAAUUGAGGGCCCUCUUCCUUUCAUGUCCCAUGAGGCAAAGAAGAGUAGCCGUGUCAUCAUUCCUUCCUGGCCCGAGACCGACUUCCCACUCAUUGUGCCUGAGCACAUGACCCUCUGUGGCCCUAUUCUUCGCCGCUAUCGCCCUAUGGUGAAGGAAGAUCCUGAACUGGAGCAUUGGCUUUCGAAGCGUCCUACUGUGCUGGUCCUUAUGGACGCCCGCUUCACCUACGAGGGCAAGCAGCAAAUUGAAAUCGCCAAGUCCCUGAGCAUGCUUCUCGAGCAAGAGCUCAACAUCCAAGUCCUCUGGAAGCUCAAGCACGUCGAUGAUCCUGCCGUGACCAGAGAGAUCGUCAAGCUCUUGGGGGUGUACAUACACGGGAAGCGUAUGCGCAUUAUGAAGCAUUUUGUGUUCGAAACCAUGUCACUUCUUAUGAGUGGACAUAUCAGUUGUGUGGUGAACUAUGGCGGAGCCAAUGCGUUCCAUGAGGCUGUCAGGGCUGAGGUUCCGCAGAUCGUGCUCCCAGUCUGGUUUGACGCGUACGACUUUGCUGCACGGGUUGAGUACCUGGGGAUUGGCAUUUGGGGUAGCCGCAGGUCGGCGCCGGGCGUGAGUGGGGAGGAGCUGGGCAAUGCACUGCUGCGUGUGAUGGCCGACACUGACGAAUCCUAUGCAAUGCGCAUGCGGGCCAUGCAGGUGUCCGGACAGCUGCCGUUCAAAGAUGGACGCGUCGUCGCAUACGAGAAAUUGCUCGAGGUGUUGAGCCAACCCUGGGCGCCUCCUCAUACUCGGAUCCGCGGUUGA